AUGGGGCCCGUGGUGCUGGCACUGUCCCUGUUGGCUGUGGCGCUGUUGUGCCCGGCCAGUGCCACGCUGCGUGUCGGUGCCUUCAACAUCCAGGCGUUUGGUGACUCCAAGAUGUCCAACGAGGAGGUGGCGGGUGUGAUCGUCAGCAUCCUGCGCCGCUAUGACGUGGUGCUGGUGCAGGAGGUGCGGGACUCCGACCUCAGCGCCGUCACGCGCCUCAUGGAGCAGCUCAACAGCGUCUCCACAUCCCCGUACGACUACGAGAUCAGUGGCCCCCUGGGCCGGGAGAACUACAAGGAGAUGUACCUCUUCAUCUACAGGACGGAUGUUGUGUCCGUGCUGGACACAUACCAAUACGAGGACCCCCAGGACGUCUUCAGCCGGGAGCCGUUCAUCCUGAGGGUCUCAGCGCCCCACACCAAAGUGCAGGAGUUUGUGCUGGUGCCCCUGCACUCGGCCCCGCACGACGCUGUCGCCGAGAUCGACGCGCUCUACGACGUCUACCUGGCCAUCGUCAGCAAGUGGGGCACUGACAACAUCAUGUUCCUGGGCGACUUCAACGCCGACUGCGCCUACGUGCAGCCCAGCGACUGGCCGUCCGUCCGCCUGCGCACCAGCGACAUCUUCAGGUGGCUGCUGCCCGACGGCAGCGACACCACGGUGGGGAGGUCGGACUGUGCCUACGACCGGAUCGUGGUGUGCGGCUCCAAGCUGAAGAGAAGCAUCGUGCCAAACUCAGCUGCCGUCUACAACUUCCAGCGAGCCCUGCGGCUGGGCCAGGAGGAGGCUCUGGCAGUCAGUGACCACUACCCGGUCGAGGUGAAGCUGACGGCUUGA